AGUAGAAGGGAGCGGUGUUGCCAUGGCGGCGUCCCUCGGGCAGGUGCUGGCUCUGGUCUUGGUGGCAGCUCUGUGGGGUGGCACGCAGCCGCUGCUGAAGCGGGCCUCCACCGGCCUGCAGCAGAUUCACGAGCGGACCUGGGCCCGGCAGUUGGUGCAAGAGAUGAAGACCCUCUUCUUGAAUAUUGAGGUACAUCUGACCCUAGCUGUGCCCAUCUGUAACUCUCUGGCCAUUGUCUUCACGCUGAUUGUUGGGAAGGUCCUUGGAGAAGAUAUUGGUGGAAAACGAGCAGUUGCUGGCAUGGUGCUCACCGUGGCAGGAAUUACACUCUGCAUUGCAAGCUCAGUGAACAAGCCCCACGGGCAACCAUGGACUGCAGAACCCCAGCUUCAUGAAAAGGGCCAGCUGCGGUCUUUGAGCCAGAAAUACAAACAGGAGGCUUCCAGGGCCCAGUGACAGUGCCUUGGCUGCCUGAGGGGUGGAACUGAGGGGAAGAAAAUGCAUAAGAAUGAUAGAAGAGAUGAGCUUUCCGUUAGGCUUGCCUGUCCCACCCAUGAGGUAGUUGGAAAUCCUUUCAACUGCCAGCCCCUCUCAAACAGGUAGACAAUAGUGAGCCCCAACACUGCCUAAUUCCAGCACCCAGCGCAACACCUGGUGAGUAGUAGCCUUCAAUAAAUCAGUAGUAAAUGGA